AUGGAUGACAAGACAGAUACACACAAGGCUGUGGCAGUUAAGCGUUCUGCUUGCGACCAGUGCAGAGUGAAGCGGGUGCGGUGCCUUCGACCCCCAAACAGUACGGCGCCGUGUGCGCGCUGCUCCCACAUCGGCGCGCGAUGCGUGACAGGCGCCUCCGGCCACCCCGGAAGACCGCGCAGGCCGCGUUUCGCCGAGGCCGACAACAGCACCCCUAGAACCCCGGCAGCGAGCCCUGCCGACGUGUCCUCGCCGGGCCAAGAUAUCCUUGCACUGGUGGAUCAUCUGAACGGCCCAUCGCACCUUCAGGGGCUACUGAGUGCAGAUGAUGAACUCAACACCUUCCUUGAUAUGGGCCCUAACACUGUGCUCGAUCUGAAUAUCGAUACGCUCCUUGGUUCGUACGGGGACCUUUACCCCCCAAGUCCUCCUCUGCCACAGCAUGAAUGCUUCAGUGCAGCAAGCUCGCUGAUGCGGUUUCGAGAGGACAUGGACCGGCGCAUUACGGCGAUGGACGCGCACUUCUCGGACCCUCUUAAAGUCCUGCAGGGCUGCAAAGACGAGGAGGAGGGUUCUCCAGAGGCCGAGAAUCCGGCUGCGCUACUCCUUUCGUGCAGCAAGGAGUUGAUCGACAUUCUCCAGAACCUAACGGCGGCGGCUCGGCCAACGGUCUCCAAGGGCUCGUAUCCCCACAACCAGCCCGCCCCGCCCUACAUAGCACCCGAAAUGCUCAUACAGACCGCCGAGGAUGCGGAUACGCUCAGCACCGAGGUCGUGCUCCUGGUUCUCUCGAGCUACCUCGCCUUCAUGCGGUUCAGCGACUCCCUAUUCCACAGCCUCUUCAAAUGCCUCUGCCGGCUGCCGCCGGAUACGCUCAAGUCGGUCAAGGUCAAGUCGGUACUCCGCAUCGGCGGCGUCUCAUCGCUUCAGGACAUGCCGCUCAAGUCUUAUGCCACAGGCAUACUCGACGCCAUCCAGGACCAGAUGCGGACCCUGGAGCGCUGCGUGGGGGUCCCGCCCGAAUACUGCCUCUCGGGCGACGCGGCUGUCUCGCACGCGGCGACCGCCCCUCCGGGCAUCUUCUCUCGUGCGGAUCGAGUACGGUUGUUUUAUGCUGUCAUGGCACAGGAGGAUGUCAAGUCACAGCGGGGCACCAAGACGUACGUAGAGUCGAUACGAGCGAGGAUCCAGGAGUCGUUGGAGAGGAUCUAG